AAUCUGGCUAAAUGAAACAAUAUUUAUAACAAAUUUAUAAACUUCUCCAGGGUAAAAUCAAUUAUGGACUUCCUUACAAAACCAAUCUACAUCCUUGGUUUAAUUCUGUUAGCUUAUUUGUGGAUGAAAUACAAGAAUUUUGGCAAGCCUUGUCUUACAAAGUACAAACAGAGUGAGAUCAACUCUCUCCGUGAUAGAAUCGAUCAGCAAUCACAACCUUGGCGAAAUAAAGAUCUCCGGCCUCUCAACACUAAGAAGACAUUGAUUAGUGAAAAAGGAAUGAAAUUUACAAUUUGAGAAGCAAUUGAGCUUGUAAAAAUGAGCCCCAAUGCUACAUAUGGGUUCAGAAAGAAUUUUUCAGAGAAAACUAACCCUUUUAUGGGUAAGUUGAAGGAGAAUCUUGUGAUCACCCAUAAUCUCAAUGAGAAGCACAAGCUGCUGCUAAAUAGAUACCCUGUUAUACCUAAGCAGUUGAUGAUCGUUGCAAAAGCAUCACAUUUUGAGACGCAAAGUAAUCCGCUAGACUUUUAUGACAUGGAAGGAGUUAUUUUAACAAUGAAGAUAAUAGAAAAUCCUAUUGUUUUCUUUAAUGGUGGACAGUCAGCAGGAGCAUCUCAACCUCAUAAGCACAUCCAGGUUAUACCAUUAGAGUCCUUUGACGAAGUGUAUGGAUGUCAUCUGCACAAAUAAAAUACUUGAGCAUAAGGGAUGUGGAAAUCCCGAAACCGAGGAGAAAAUACCAGGCUUUGAUUUCAAACAUCAGCUGCAGUAUUUCAAAAAGGACUUCAGUAAACAGCUGUCAGGCUUUGGUGCAUCCCAGUUUCAGAUGUCAAACCAGCUGUUAAAAAUCUACAAAAAUAUUCUUGAUAAUCUUGGAAUAAAAAAGAAGAAGCUUCAGCAUGGUACAAAUGUUGUGAUAACAAAGACGUACAUGCUGGUGAUAGUCAGGAAUACAUUUGCUCAUACAGAUCUCAGAAAGGACAAAGAUCUGCCUCCUUACAGACCAAACACGCUCUGAUUCUUAGGUCUCUUCUACACUAGAUCAGAGGAACAAACUAAAAAUUCUACCAAGAAGGGCUUCAUGAACAUUCUUGAACAGUGUUGUGAGAAAGAGUCUGAGGCACUUGAAAGUACCCAAAAAUUUAAAGAGGACUAAACAGGCUCAUAGACGU